AUGAAAGUCGAACGACAUUUGAAACAAAAACAUCGAGAUCAAACCAAUUCUCAACCAACAACAACGAUGGCAUCGUCCACAUCGACCUCUUCAUCAUCUACAAAUGAAAAUUCUUCGAUACGAAAACCAGACCUUUUGCAAAUAUUUCUCAAGUCUGUCGGUAAACAUGCUCCAACCGGAAGUGUCUUUCCUAAAACGUUAUCGGAAGAAUUUGCUAACUAUGCACAUAUUUGUAAAAAUGAAAAGGCUGAAGAAGCUGUUUCGUUUUGGAGAAAACAUGGAGAGCAAAUGCCGUUGUUGAAAGCUUUGGCACAACAAUAUUUAGCAACUCCUGGUACCAGUGUUUCAUCAGAAUCGGCUUUUAGUACUUCAGCAUAUGUAGGACGAAAAGAGCGAGCUCGACUCAGUCCAGAAAACCUCAGUUAUACAGUAUUUUUGAAAGACAAGUUACAAUCAAGUUAA